AUCUCGAAAAGAUCAUUUUUGAUUGCAGGUCUUCCCAUCACCGUAUACGGCUACAAUGAGCUCCAUCCACAGACUACACAAUUUGCAUGCGUAUGGCUUCUGCACGGCAGGCUGAAUUCCCAAGCGUGCAUGGAGCCAAUAGCGACAUCGCUGGUCGGGCACUGGAAUGAGAAGUGGUACGAUGUUGCAAAUUCUUCGCCACUGCGCCAGAGAGGAUUGAUCGCAGUCUCAUUUGAUCAGCGGAAUCACGGUUCCAGACUGGUUGAUUCUAUGGCUAACAAAACUUGGCUUGAGGGGAACGAAACACAUGCUCAAGAUAUGUUCGCUACCUACCAUGGCACUUCUGUGGAUUUGUCGUUUCUCAUGGACCAUUUGAUGCUGUACUUGUUUCCUCAAGCCACCGUUGAAAUCAGCAUGCAUGCCGUAAUCGGCGUCUCACUUGGCGGACACGCUGCGUGGCAUACCCUUUUCCACGAACCCCGAGUUCGCUGUGCGGUGAUUAUUCUCGGCUGCCCUGACUUUAUAAGGUUAAUGGUAGAACGUGCAAGCCAGUCGAACUCAUCGUCGCUAUCGUCAGAUACUUCGCAGUCGAUACGAAAUCAUAAUAGUCUUAUGGACUCGAAACUUCUACCCCAGAGUCUUCUGAACCUCAUAAAAAGGUACGAUCCAGCCGCCCUUCUUGCGGGGCAACAAUUUCUGAGGGAACCUUAUUUCUCCGCUUAUCCGGAAACCGUUUUGAACAAUCAAAAAUACGAUCAAAGCGCAGCAGAGAAGCUGAAAAGGACGCUGCGCGGCAAAAGCGUCUUGAACAUCUCUGGCACUGCCGACGAAUUGGUCCCGUACCGCUGCUGUGGACCUUUUCUCACGGCGCUCCGGGUGAUGAUCAAAUCAGAUGGUUGUCUAGCCGAUGAGGGGAUUUCUUUGCACAAUGUGUUUCUAGAAGAUGUCGGGCAUGAAGUGACAGUCAAAGCUGUAGAAGAGACUGUAAAUUUUAUG